AUAUUUACAAAUAAUAGCUAUUAAUACGAAAAAAACAUCUACAAACAUAAUUGAAAACAUUCGCAUCAUCAUUUUAACACAAUUAUGUUAUGGCUUCAAGCAGUAGUGACGAAAGUUCCAAAGCACCAGAAAACUUUCAAGUAUCAAGCACAUCCAACGAUGAGGAUGACGAGAUUUUAGAAUUAAAUGGGAAAUUUCUUAAAAAGCAUCGAUUGAAGGGUACACGGAAGACUGCGGGUGGCAAUGGUGACGGAGGUAUUGGUUUGGACACUGCACCAUCGUUGAAGUGCUUCCUCUGCCUAACGCAACAACAUCGAUUUCAUUGCCGUGAUUGUGUGAAAUCUGGAUAUAUCACACGCAAGGGACAGCCCCACGGAGAAUGUUUAUCCGAAAAACAACAACAAUUUCUUAAGAUCAAAGCAAAACUAAACGAAUUUAGUCAACAAUACGAACGGCUGAUUCGGGAAAAGCGAACAAGUGAAAAUAUUCGAUUUGAAAUCAAAAGGCAUCAGGAACAGGUGGAUCUACUGCAACAUUUGAUAUCAAAUAAAAAGUCCACGCUGCAAUCGCUGCAAGAGAAACGUAAUGAAUUGUCCAAAGCUAAUUCCGACAAAAAGAAAACAUUGCCAAAGUAUCCAAUAAAAGUCAAAGAGCUCGAAGAUUAUGUAUUGGAUCGUAUAGAAAAAAUUGAUAGUUUACGUGAGCGCCAUACUACACUGUUGGACACCCUAAAAGAUGUUACACGACGCGGCAUACGACAAUUGGUUGAGUACAUUUUUCCCAUCUCCGAAAUUGUGCUCAAAGAUGAAAAGUCCCCGGCCACGGCGGGUAUGGCCGGCGGGCAACAGCUACAGAAAAAUCCAAAUUCACCAUCUGAAGAUGCCGAAACGAUAGCCGCCCUGGCCGAUGCCAAAAACACAUCGUAUAUACGCGGCAAAUGGGUUAUCCACAGCAGUGGCAUUAGUGAAAUGCAAUAUCGUAUUGUGGCCCCAUCGCUGCCGGCCAAUGGUGACUACUCGGCUUACCUGGAUUGGUUGAAAGACAACAAAGAUGAUGUACCAAAGACGACUGCCAAUGAGAUUGCACCGAGUCGUGUUAGUGCUUUUCGCAUUGUGGGCGCCCUAACGUAUACGGCCCAGCUAACACAAUUGAUCUGCUACUAUCUAAAUGUGCGUUUGCCAUACAAAGUGGUGUAUGGGGACUUUUGUCGUAAACUCAACGAAGAGCAAUUCCUACGUAAAGUUUCGCGGCUCAAUUCAAACAUUAUGUAUUUAGCAUACACCCAGCAGGUUAAAUUACGUGCGCUUAAUGAUAAUCAUACCUUGGAAAAUUUGCUUGUACUCUUGGAUCCGGAGAAAAGUGAUUUGGGACGACAUGGAUUUCAAGAGGUUGGCAAUGCUCCGCUUAUGAAAUCAGUUGACUCGCUGUUAUUGCUAAUUGAAACGGCAACGGAAUCAGAAUCGGAAGAUGAAAACUCCUUCCGUUUGGACUGGGAAGACGUACCUAAUUUGCCCACACAACAUGAUAUUAUAAAUACCAAUUUGAUAACAACGCCAGCCACGGGCCAACAACAACAACAAUCCACCAUUGCCGAGGGUCUUAUGACAUCGGCAGCCAAUCGUAUAACUUCUAUUUUUCGUUGGAUGAAAUAGAUUUUAGGGACAGGAAACUUGUAAUAUGUGUAUAAGCCUUUAAAGCUUAUUAUAUUUUCAGUUGUAUUCUUUUCUUGCAACGUUACAAAGAGAGAUUUAUUUUUGUUUUUAAAUCGACUGUGAUGCAUUUUUGUUUUUGUUUGUGGCUUUUUUUAACGAAACAGCAAAAACAAAAAGUGGUAUAUAAAAAGGAAACGCAAUCAUUCAAAAUGUUUUUUUUAGUUUAUUUUGUUUAUAUUAAAGAAGAUUGUAUAUCUUAUGCGGCUGUUGUAAUACAGUUCCAAAACAACAUACAUAUUAUUUUGUAAAAUAAAUUGCUACAAAUUUAGUUUUAUUCAAAGUGUUAUAUUUAUAUUGCUAUUUGUUUGCUAUGGGCAUAUAUAUGAACAUCAAAGAAAACAAAGCGUCUAGGGAUCACAAAAAAAGCUUGGUUCUUAUAUUCCUCCUGUACAUACGUAACAUAUAUAGAAUUUUAUCAUAUACAACCUAAUUAUUAUUAAUUGUAAAUGUUUUUUUGAAAAUAUUAAGUUAAUCGACUCUAAUUUUUUCCGCGUAGCUGAUGUAGUCUGUAAUUUUAAAAACCUUCACACACCCACACAUCUGAUUGUUGUUUUAAAAUUUACCCAUUAAUAAUUUUUAAUAAUACCGGAAAUUUGUAUGACACAUUACCUCCAACACCCAUCCCCCCACAAAAAAGGAAUGUGAAAACAGUUUUUAUAAAACAGCAACACAAACAAAUAUUUAAUAGCAAAAAGUUACAAAUACAUGACCCAAACCUUUGGACAACCACAAAUUACAUAUGAAAGAAUUUCUAAUUUUAAUUAAAAAAAAUAAACAAAUAAAUAAAAUUAUUUUCUAAAAUGC